CUGGUUUGACGACCAGCUCCGCCGCUGCGCUGAUUUGCUGAGCAACUCGACACUGGCGUCAAAGAUGCGUGUGUGGAGGAGGCAGCGGUAGAGAGACGGAGAGCGAGAAGUUACAGUGACGGGCUGAGACCGACUCCGUUUACCGAGCCGGGACGGAGCGCUUCUAUCGACACACGCGGACUCCCAACUUCCCACGGGAACGACCUCAACUCGAGUUGAGAGCAGCGGGAGUUGUCGCACCUUGGCCGCGAAUCCCGAGCCGCUCCGCGGGUCUGAGCAACUCUCCGGUCCCCUCUUUCCGUCAACCUCCGGCUGUGUUCAUGUUCCUCCCGUCGUCCUGCACUUUGAGCCCGUGUCUAAUGGAGGGCCCCGUACGGAUUUUCCUCCAGAAGAAUGUGUUCUGCUGCUGAUUCGCCGGACGGUUCGCGGCUUUCGCCCUCCUGCAAGAGAGGUUUGCUGACCAGACGAGGCUGUGCGUGUUGGGCAACACGGCUGCUGGCAGGGGUCAAAGUGCACCAUGGACAGUGGCCUAAGGGUCCUCCUGUCCACUCUGCUGUGUCUCAGCCAGUCCCUGCUUGUCGGCUGCUCCUCUCAAUAUCCAUCUUUCCUCUCUGAGCCCGCCUCCUUGGUUCAGAGUCGAGGAUCUGUUGCUCAUCUGCUGUGCUCGGCGAGUCCUCCCUCAGUGGUUUCCUGGCGCUUCAGAGGCCGUCCCCUGGACCGCGACACCCUGCCUGGCGUGGAGAUCCACGAGGGCUCCCUCACCAUCCCCUCCCUUAAGUCCAGCCACGUGGGCGUCUAUCAGUGUGUGGCACGCGUCGACCAUGGGUCGGCUAUCGCCAGCCGCCACGCGCGUGUGGCCAUAGCAGAAAUAUCAGAGUACGAAGAUGGCCGACGGCGGUCGUUGUCCGUGCAGGAAGGCAGCUCGGUUCUUAUCGAGUGUCCUCUACCGCACAGCGUCCCUCCAGCACUUCCCCGGCUGAGAGCACGAGGGGAGCGGAUAGACGUGUCAACAGAUGACUACUUGGUGCUUCCAUCAGGAAACCUCCAGAUUAUCUCGGUUUCGGACCAGCACCAGGGCAUGUAUAAAUGCGGUGCAUUCAACCCAGUGACUGGGGAAACCGUCAUGCAGUCUCAUGGCACCAAGCUGUCGGUGAAACAUUCGGACUCCUCCCCCUCAGUGAGGGUGGUUUACCCCACCGCCCCACUGACCGUUUCGGUGCAGCAGUCGCAGCCGCUGACGUUGGAGUGCAUCGUGUCUGGAAGCCCCGCGCCGGCAGCCACAUGGUUUAGGAACGGUGAGGAGGUCACACUGGGGCCUUCUCGUCAACGAUGGCACAACAACCUGGCCUUCGUUGCCGUGACGAGGGCCGACGAGGGGAGUUACGCCUGCGCUGCCGAGUCCGAGCAGGGCACGGUGACCAGCGCCAACUACACUGUGAAUGUUCUUGAGCCCUUGUCCAUCGCCGAGGGCCUGACCGACCAGCACGUCCCUCGCGGCUCCUCCGCUCGUUUCACCUGCGUCGGGACGGGAAACCCGUCCGCAAACGUCACCUGGCUGUUCAACGCCAACCCCAUCGCCCCAUCGCGCCGCUUCCAGAUCUCUGGUUCUUCACUCGUUCUUACGGACGUGACGCCGCAGGACGAGGGCUCGUUUCAGUGUCUGCUGGACAACGGGAUCGACUCGGCACAGUCGUGUGCAAUCCUGACGAUGCAGUCAGAUCCACAGCUGGGCUCCACUGCUGCUGCUGCUGUGCUGCUGGAGGCCUCCCCGUCGCUCCACCCCAUGCAGAGCGACGAGGGCCACGAGCGCUUCCUCGCCGAAGACGAGGGCGGCGCCAUCAGUCUGCCGGCUGAAAGGAGUAACGGCCGUCCGACUCCAGAGGCGCCGAUCAUCACCAGUCCGCCACAGACUCACAAGCCCGAUAUGUACGACCUGGAGUGGAGGGCGGGGCGCGACGGAGGGAGUCAAAUCAACGCCUAUUUUGUCAAAUACCGCAAGGUUGAUGAAAUGGGAACAGUGGUGGGGAGCUGGCAGACCGUUCGGGUCCCCGGCAGUGAGAAGACCCUGCGGCUGUCGGAGCUCGAGGCCUCCAGUCUCUACGAGGUGCUGAUGGUUGCUCGAAGUUCGGCGGGCGAGGGCCAGCCGGCCAUGCUCACCUUCCGCACCGGCAAGGAGAAAAGCACCACCGCCACCAAGCAUCCGGCCAAGCCGCCCGUCAUCUCGAUGCCCCCUAAAGCCCCGGAGGACAAAACCACCAACACGCACUUUGGCGUCGUCAUACACGACAGAGUGCCUGAGGCCCCUGACCGCCCCACCAUCUCCAUGGCGACUGAAAGUUCUGUGUAUGUCACUUGGAUCCCGAGAGCCAAUGGCGGGUCUCCAAUCACAGCUUUCCGUGUGGAGUACAGACGUGGCCGCAGCACAGAGUGGAUUGUGGCUGCGGACAACAUCUCGCCACUCAAGCUGUCGGUGGAAGUCCGCAAUCUGGAGCCUGGUUCCUCCUACAAGUUCCGCGUCUUAGCCAUAAACAUGUACGGCGAGAGUCCUCACAGCGUUCCCUCCAAGCCGUACCAGGUGCCACAAGCCGGCCAGCGUAUCGCUGACCGCCCUGUGGUCGGGCCGCACAUCUCAGCCACGGACCCCAUCAGUGCCACACAGAUCAUGCUGCGCUGGACUUAUAGCCCCACGAGCAACAACAACACUCCAAUCCAGGGCUUCUACAUUUACUACCGGCCCACGGACAGCGACAACGACAGCGACUACAAACGGGAUAUGGUCGAAGGUGCAAAACACUGGCACUUGAUUGGACAUCUCCAGCCAGAGACCUCUUACGAUAUCAAGAUGCAGUGCUUUAAUGAUGGGGGGGAGAGCGAAUACAGCAACGUCAUGAUCUGUGAGACCAAAGCACGUCAGUCCCCCGGGUCGCCCAGCCAGCACCCCAUCACCCCACCUUACCCUCACCCGCGGGAGCCUCCCAGCUCACCUGGAGGACUGCUGUACCUGAUUGUGGGCUGCAUUCUGGGAGUGAUGGUGCUCAUCCUGCUGGCUUUCAUUGCCAUGUGUCUGUGGAGGAAUCGUCAGCAGAACAACAUGCACAAGUACGACCCCCCCGGCUACCUGUACCAGCCAGCGGAGAUGAAUGGCCAUGUCCUGGAGUACACCACCCUGCCUGGCAGCAGCCGCAUCAAUGGGGGCAUCCACGGUGGCUACGGGCACAGCGGCCCCAUGUUACCCCACGGUUGCCAUCACCUCCACCACAAGCUCCCCAACGGCUCCGGCAGCCCGUUCUCACCCGGCCACCCACACGGCCACGAUGGCACCCUCACCCACAGCACCUGCGACUGCGAGCACUCGCACCCCCACCAUAAUGGUGGAGGCAUGUACACCACUCUCCCCCAGACGGAGUCGUCUGAUUGUAUGAGCUGUCAGAACCUCUGCAACAACAAUAGAUGUUACAACAAGACCAAUGGCACUUUCUCCAGCGGCACUCUGCCUGUAAUGCAUUGCGUGGCGCCAUGCCAGCAGGACGGCCUGGAGAUGGUGCCUCUGGGCCAGGUUUCGUCGCAGUGCCACGGCCUCGACGGCCACAUGCACUUUGGAGUGGACGCGGGGUGCCAGCCAGACGAGCACAGAGAGUCCUCGCCCUCACAGCAUUCCUGCUGUCUGGUCGGGAACAAUGAAAACUGUCCAGCAGACAAAACUGCUGAGGAGGAGCUGGAGUGCAUGGACAUGGAGGGGCCCGUGGUGUGCUGGGAGAGUCUUGGCAUGCCAGACUUGGACUGUGACGAAAAGCCUGGCUGGAUCUCCAGCAGCAGCCUGGCAGGCGAGCUGAUCCAGCCCGGCCCACAGGAGGUCUGACCACAGCCCGGCACCAACACACUCUCCUGCAGCGUGGAGGGAGACCACGCAGAGAAGGCGGCGGUGGGAACGUCACAGAGGAAGAGCACCGGCGACGGGCGAGUCAGAGACACUGUUGCGGUGACGAGGACACUCGAUGUGCUCCGGACUGAGCUGGAGGAACGCGGUGUGGAGAGAGACUGAGCGAGGCCAAAGGGAGGGAAACGCCGAGAGCAAAGGAGAAGUGUCUCAAAGACUGAAACGAUAUCCCACUGGAGGGGGAAGACUCUCGCGGAAGAUCACAAACUCUUGAGACGACUUAUUUAUUUUUUUGUAGUAGUGAAAUAUUAUUUCAUAUGAAUGUAUCUGUUUUAAAGUAAAAAUAAGUUUGUCUUUUAUAUUAUUUAUGCCUUUUUGGAUGAGAAAUACUUUACAUGUUGUUGUUGUUGUUGUUUUGUCCCUCUGUGUUCCGCUCAAAUGUGGAGAUUAGCAAUUGUCCGUGUAAAGUUUUGUAAUAAUAUAAAGAGAAGAUAUGGAAGAGUAAACCACAAACUGUU